GCGUAGUUCGUUAAUAUGACAAAUGUUUUGACACACAAAAAACUUCAUUUACUUGCGGUUAUCGAAAAAGAUAAAAUGUUUUUAAUUGUGAUUUUUGUCGUAUUAUUGCAUAUUUUCCAAAUUUUCGCUCAAUCUGGCUGUUACGACACAGACGAAAGUACGUGUUACUACUGGCGUAUUAGCGGUAUGUGCGAGCAUCGAAGUUAUUAUGAUCUGAUGUACGAAACAUGCCGUAGGACGUGUAAUUUGUGUCCCAGUGUCAGCGUCAUUCAACCAGCUGUUGUAGUUACAAGUGCUACGAAAUGUCAAGACAAAAGAGAGGAAUGUCCAGCUUGGAAGAAACAUUGUAAGAAGAGCAGUCAGUAUUAUAGCUUUAUGCAGAAAAACUGUCAAAGAUCUUGCCUGUUUUGUGCAGACAAAAAUUGCAUAAACUCGAACAAAAAGUGUGAACGGUAUCAAAGUUAUGGCUACUGCGAUCGAUACCAUAAAUAUUUUUCCUACAUGAAAAGAAAUUGCGCCAAAGCGUGUGAGUUUUGUGAACAACAUUUGAACGCAACAGUCACACAACAAAAUCUGACGAAAGAAUUUCUGUGUGACUUCGAAAAACAUACAUGCGACUGGGAAAAUCAACAUUUCGAGGACACGGCUGAUUGGACUGUUGGUGUUCUUCCAAAUGCACCAAUCACUGGAUACAAUAACUCAAAUAGUUAUUUAUACUUGAAUACCAAACACAGAGGCUCUCAAGCUAAGCUUUGGUUGCCAUGGCAACUCGUUUUACCUGAAAGUGUCGAAAAAAAGGGUGUUAUGUGUUUCAACAUGAUGUAUCAAUUAAACGGAGGGGAGGUCAAAGUAAUCCAAACGGCUGUCCUAACUGCAUUUGAAAAGUAUCCCAGACCAAGUAUACUGUUUUCAACAAAAGUCAAAACGUUAACAUGGUCACACGCUCGUUUUAACGUUCAUGUAAGCAAAGACUAUUAUAUAACGUUAAUUGGCGAGCAUGGGCGGCCAAUGUCAUUCAUUGUAAUAGAUUAUGUGUACUUCACUAACGGAAAAUGUUAAAUUAAUAUAAA